AUGGCGACGUGUGAACGGCGGCGUCCGCGCGAUGUUUAGUUAGGGGAUAGAGAGAGUGAGAGAGGGUACGAUGUUGCCGCGGUCGCAGUAUCCGCAGUGUUUCCGUAAUCUGCGUUAGGCUCAGUGCAAAUGUAGGAAUGUCAGAGGCGAAACGGGUACCCCUGCAGACCCUGGAGUUCCCGGAGUCUCUGGGCCAUGCGACGAAGAAGGAGAAAAAGGGAAACGGCAAGCAGCUCGCGCCCUCCUUCCGCUUCACGCUCACCCUGCCGGAAUCAAACGAGAAGACAUGCCCCGAGUUCAACUAUGCACAACUCCUCAAGACGGCCGAAAAAAAACGAAGGAAAGAACAAAAGAGAAGCGAUGAGAAUGCGACCAACGGACUGGACCCGUUCGAUGAUGAUGAUGACGAGGAUAAGCUUAGAGACAUGGCAAGACGAUUUGAGGCAAAAUAUGGAACAUCUACCAUGGGAAGAAAAAGACACAAGUACGAGGAGUACGUGGAUUUGGGCGCGGGAUAUGACGAAAACGACUCCUUCAUCGACAAUACCGACGCUUACGAUGAAAUUGUACCCGAAGAGAUGACCACAGCACACGGGGGUUUCUAUAUUAAUUGCGGAGCCCUUGAAUUCAGAGCAUCCGACAGACAUUCGUUAGUUCACAACAAUAAUAACAACAAUAGCGACGACGAAGAGAGUAGCGAAAGCAGCGAGGAAGAUACCGAGGACGUAGAUAGUCCCAAACGGGAAGACAAGCGAAUUAUUAGCUCAUCGGAUGACGAUGAGACGGAAGAUAAUACUGACAACUUAUCAAAAAGACGAAAAAUAGAAGAAGGUAGUGAGAAAAAAGAGAAUACUAAGAAAAGAAAAAAACCAUCACAAAAUCAUCAGACGCAAGAUGCGCAGCAGAAUUCUCAGCAAGAACUUGAUCUUUUGAGACGGAAAGAGAGAAGUGAGACAACAGAUGCCGAAGGUGGUACAGCUUCAGAAGAUCAAGAAGAAAAGAAAAAGUCUGAUAAACCGGAAAAAAAUAAAGUAAAUGAGAAGAAGUUCGAUAUUAAGAAGUUUGAAAAGAAAUCGUCCAACAGCAAUGGAUACGACGCAAAGAAAAUGGAUCUCAAAAGAUUGGGCAGUAAAGACAGCAACAUUGAUGACGCGAUAGAAAGUGUCGUUAAUGCGGCCAGAGGAGUUGAGGAUGACUCGAGUCGCGACACAACGGAUUCGGGAAAAUCACGCGCUUGUAUGUUUGCCGGUGAAUCUGACGGAGAGGAGACCGAGAACAAAGAAGCAUCGUUGCCUGAAAAUCUUCCCGAAGAUGUUAAGGAAAUAGUGAUUAAAUUAAAAGUUCAAGCAGAAAACAACAAGGACAGCAAGAGUAAAUUUUUCAACAGCACGGUGAACGAUAUACUUUUCAAUUUAGAAAAGAAACUUCGGAUGUUGAACUCGCCCAGCAUAAGAUUGCAAACUUAUGGUCAUCUAGUGCCCUUUUUGCCUUGUAGCAAAAUGACUCUUCUUAGCAGAGCGAAAAAGCUUUACCUGAAAGACGCCGAGUACAGAGUGAACGAACCGAUGCAAAAAUUAAAAACUCUUAUCGAUAAUGUCAUGCCAUCGGUAAUGGACAAAUAUCUGAAGGAGUGUCAGAAAGUUGCUGAUGAAAAUCCUCAAUUAUACUGGGAGAUAUAUCGGUACUGUUGGGGAUUCGAAGGAUCUACCGCGGAUGCGGAAAGCAGCGACGAAGAAGACGGUUCCUCCAAAAAUACAGAAAAGCCGAAAAUACCACGAAAACGAUUUCCUUGGACUGACGAAACCAAAAAACUUGUUCUCGAAAUUGCGAAUGCUAGGAGACAUUAUUUCAAGAUUUUGAGACCGAGAAAGGAAAGUAUGGAAUCGUUUGUCGCUACGUUUAUGGACACGAACGUAUUACCGUUGUGGCCACCCGGUUGCGUACGGUUGCAGACUUUGUUGAAGUAUGCUAGUCCUGUUGAACCUGUCAUUAAGAAGAAAUUGAAGAAACCAAAAGAAAUGGCCAAUGCAAACAAUAUCGCCACUUCUGGGAGCAUUCAAGGUUCCAAUUUCAUCGCGAGGAACGAUAUGGCAAACGUCAAUAAUGUUACGUCUCAAGAAAAUGAGAGGACGAAUGUUUGCAAACCUCAGAUUAGUGAAAACUCAACAACUUUUGCAAGUCAAACGAAACCUAACGACGUUAGCGCCGACAGGAAACAACACAUUAGUAAACACAAGGAUAAGCAUAUAGAAAAUAAUGCGAAUCAGCAGCAAGAAAGUGCUACGAUCGUCACCGCUAACAAUUGCGCCGUUGGUAAAAUCUCUGUCGUGCCCACGGCUCAACUAAUGGCUCAGAAGCCAGCUAAGGCUCAUGUCGAAAAAUUUAAUCUAAUGGAUCUAACAAACAGCUCUCUAUCUAUAACUCCCGUAAAUGAUUAUCACAAGUCAUCUCUGAAGACAACAGAAACAAAAAAAGAUGUAGUUUCUAUUACAGCCUGUCUGGAACCUAUAAGUCAUUCUAAAUCAAGCGAAAUUCCGCAAACCGUUGGUCAUCAUUCCAUAUACAAUCAAGAUACUUCUUAUUCAUCGACUCAAAAUUUAAAACAUAGAUUUCUACAAGAGAACACUGAUCUUAAGUGCGACAAAAGAUUAGACGAUAAAGAUGUCGACACGAUAGGUAACAAGACUGACAAAAAAGAUAAGAAGAGAGAGCGUUGCAUAGAAAUGAAGCAUAAACCGCCGCACGAUCCGAAAAAAAGGAAAAAGGAUCAGAAGAUGAUUGAACAACAGAUAGGGCCUAUUAUUCAAGAUAUAAUACGUAUGCCACAGCAAACGACUCUUAGCAAGGAAGAACAGGAACAAAGGCAAAAUGAGGAAACAAUCGCCGCAACUACGUUUCUUAGUCAGAUUAUUAAUGAUGAUUCUUCGCCACGUGGAUUGUCAGAUAAACGAAAGGACGGAUUUAUCACAGACGAUAGUUUAGGAAAUAUAGUGCAACCGACGGAACAGGAAAAGGAUGUUCAAAUGGUAAUGAGAUCGUUAAAAGAGUUGCAGGAAUUACAGGAAAUGAAGUAUUCACCGAGCAAUUCGCCAAUUAGCACCCUUCAAAAGCCUAGCAAAUCGAACACGCAGUACGUUAAUUAUCAAGAGGAUUAUCAACGAUUGUACCUCAAUAAAUAAGAUAAAAAUCAGAUCUAAGAAGACACAUAAUGAAGAAUUAAAAACGCCUUGAUAGAGUAUCAAGCGUUUCGUAAUUUAAUUUACACUUAUGGACAUUUAAUAAUGAUCAGUUAUUAUUAAUUUUAACGUGAGAUAGCAGGCGGAUCUCUUCGUGUUUGUAUAAUUGUGCUUCACAUAAAAAAAAAAAAAAACGAUUUGAGGGAGAUUUGACUGGAAAAACUUCUUCCACUUAUAUAAAACGCCGUUAUUGAAAAUUAAAAAACUCCAUGCAACUGUCAUUUGACUCUAGCGGAUCACAUUUAUGGAUGUGUUCGCUUUGAUUGCUCAAUGUCAGUCUUAUCUUUGUUCCACAUUUUAAUCAAAUAAAAAUAACAGACUGACGCGCGAACUCAAAUUCGCGGUGAGAAUUCGAAGCGAAUGCAACUUUUAGAUGUGAACGCGUUAAGGAGAUUUUUAAGUACAUAUUUUUAAAACAAGAAUCGCCAAAUUAUGUACAUACAUUAUACAUUUGUUAGCGGUAGUUUCGGUUGUAACACGUGUGUACAGAGAAUAAGUAUAAAUUAUAAAAAUUCUUCUUAAAGUACGGAAACAAACAGCAAACGCGAAAAAAGUUACAAUGAAGUAAAAAAAUUAUAUAUAUAUAUAUA